UUAUGGGAGAAAAUAUGUUUUAGCAAUAAGUCUAUACAUGAUUUUAUCGGCAUGCCAUGGGGAAUCAGAAUGGAGAAUAAAGUUUGACGGACUACAAAGUGUAAAUGUAAAGAUACUUGACGAAGGCUUUUUGAAAACAUUCGAGAUUAAUAAUUCUUUGAUCCUAAGACUCGUUCAAAACAACUCUUAUACUAUUAUGAUGAAGGCCUCUGCUAACAUUGGAAAUUUAGUACUCGAGAAAGAGGUCGAUAAUACGGGUAUAAUCAAAUUUAGAUUUCCAUGCCAAUUCAACACUUAUCAUAUCUACUUCUAUGUGAUAUGUCAUAUCAUUAAAUAUUCGACUCUAAUAGCAUACACCUAUUUGAAAUUCGAAAAGUUGAGUUAUCACAAAGAGACUUCAAAUCUUGUAAGUUUCAAUUUCUCGUUACCUUGCCAUCAUAUGGUCGAAACAUACAGGAUGAAUUUAUUGACAAUCACGAAACAAGCAAACGUAACUAUAAAAUUAAAACAAUUUAAAAAAUUCAAGAAUUUACCACUCAAAUACAAUUUCAAACAAAACGGUAUAUACAAAUUGAGCUUCCAGUUUAGGAUAUGCAAAGCAUGGUCUGAUGAAACUAUUAAACAUGUUAAAAUAGAUAAUAAGCCCCUCAAUAAUUACUAUGGUAACGAUUCCAUAAUAUUCAUCAAUAGAUCAACUUACAAAAAUAAACCGAGCCUAAGUAUAAUGGUGUUUCCUAAAAAACUUAAUGAAAAUGGGGGAACAGUAAAUGGAAUGAUGAAACUUGAUCUCUCUCAAAAAAAUGUCUUGAUAUUUAAGAAAACUCUCAAAAAUGCGAAAAUUCCGAAAUUCAAUUACAAAAUAUCUGUAUUUAUAAUAAUUUAUCGUCAUAAAUCAAAUGAAAGUGAAGCACGUAGGAAUAUAACUUAUAUAAUCGCGUAUAAAACUCCAGAAAUGAAACAAUUUUACGUUAGAUUUAUAUUCCACCACGAAUCUAUAUGGAAAAAAAAACGAAUUUUUACUAAACCAAGUCUGGAAUCUUUUGAGAAAUUUUUGCAAGAAAUAGAAGAAUAUCCAAAUCAUUUUGUUAGACAGUAUAAAGAAGAAAAGUUGUUAGUAUAAUAAAAA